ACCAACUUCCUCUUUCUCUCUCUCUCAACUUCCAAAACUGCUUCAUUGAAACCAGUCUCAUAAAAAUCAAAUCUUUAACAUACCCAAGAGGCCAAACCUCACAAAAAUGGAGAAUUUGUUUCGCCUAGUUGACUACGAGGACAUGUUCUCAAAACGGUGCAUUUGGGUCAACGGACCCGUUAUCGUAGGUGCAGGUCCUUCGGGGCUAGCCACAGCAGCAUGCCUUAAACAACAAGGGGUACCCUUCAUGGUUCUGGAAAGAGCAGAAUGCAUAGCUUCCUUAUGGCAAAAACGCACCUACAACAGGUUAAAGCUUCACCUUCCGAAACAGUUUUGUCAGCUUCCGAACCUUCCAUUCCCUCAAGACUUCCCUGAAUACCCCACCAAGAAACAGUUCAUAGACUACCUCGAAUCCUACGCCAGACACUUCGAGAUCAACCCGAGGUUCAACGAGUGUGUGCAGUGCGCCAGGUACGAUGAAACCAGUGGCUUGUGGAGGGUCAAAACCGUUGCCACGUGUGGCGCCGUGAGGAACGAGUUUGAGUACAUUUGCCGGUGGCUUGUGGUGGCCACUGGCGAGAAUGCUGAGUGUGUGGUGCCUGAGAUUGAAGGGUUGGGGGAAUUCAAAGGUGAUGUCAUUCAUGCCUGUGAGUACAAGUCUGGGGAGAGUUUCAAGGGGAAGAAAGUGCUUGUUGUUGGUUGUGGCAAUUCUGGAAUGGAACUCUCGCUUGACUUGUGCAACCACAAUGCUUCUCCGUCAAUGGUUGUUCGUAGCUCGGUUCAUGUGUUGCCAAGAGAGGUAUUUGGGAAGUCAACGUUCGAAUUGGCGGUUUUGAUGAUGCAAUGGUUGCCAGUUUGGCUUGUUGACAAGAUCCUAUUGAUUUUGGCAUGGUUGGUGCUGGGUAACAUGGAGAGAUUCGGGCUCAAGAGACCUUCAGAGGGUCCAUUGGUGUUGAAGAACACAAAGGGGAAGACCCCUGUUUUGGACAUUGGUACCUUGGACAAAAUCAGAUCCGGUGACAUAAAAGUUGUGCCAGGAAUUAAGAGGUUCACGAAUGGUUGCGUUGAGCUUGUUAAUGGGGAAAAACAAGAUGUUGAUGCAGUGGUGCUUGCAACCGGAUACCGCAGCAAUGUUCCUUCUUGGCUGCAGGAAGGUGAAUUUUUCUCCAAGAAUGGUUUCCCAAAGUCACCAUUCCCAAAUGGUUGGAAGGGAAAUGCAGGGCUUUAUGCUGUUGGGUUCACAAGGAGAGGGCUCUCUGGUGCCUCAUCUGAUGCUAUGAAAAUUGCUCAAGAUAUUGGCCAAGUUUGGAAACAAGAGACUAAGCAAAAGAAACAACGCACCACUGCUUGUCACAGACGUUGCAUUUCUCAGUUCUGAAUCAGUGAAUUGCACUAACUAUACAAGCAGUGUUGUUUCUUUUAGCUAGGAAUUUGUUGGUGUAAAAACAGAAUCACAAUAUCUUUGUAAAAAUACAGAUAAAAAAAGAUACAUGAAUAACUGAUAGCACAGAGAUAGAGCCCUCUCCAGAGGCCCAAAUUUUGAGUUUCUUUUUGGGCCUUGCUUUUGGAAACCAAGGAUGAUGAGGCUUUUUGAUUUUUAUGAUUUCUUUUCCUAUAUUCAUACGGCUUAUACAUGUACCAUACUUCAUUCAUCAAG